GGGAGAGAGGGACAGAUGGUGAGCACGAUGAAUGACAUUUUUCUGACUCCGGCGGACACAUCACAUCUAAGAAGUCAACUUGGUUUUGACUGCUGGCCGAGGGUCGUCUACUUUCCUGGGUUGCAGGUAUGAAGGUGCUACACUGGUGCAUGCUGGGAGUGACCAUCCUGCUGCUGGUAUGCGAGGUCACCAUCAGUCAGCUCUGCAAGUCCCUCAUCACCCUGGUGGAUGGUUUCCACACGCUCUUCAUCCUCAUGCGCAUGGCUCUUCCUACUCCUCAAACUGCAGGCAUAAUAAAACCUCCGCCCACCUGGCUGGACUCCCCUUCAUCUCCACAUGCUUCCUCCUCUUCAGCAGCACCUCCUUGCACCCCAUCUGCAGGGUCAUCCAUCGAACCUCCGCCUGGCACCCACACAGCCACCAAUGGGUCAUCCACUCCGGAUCAACCUCCCGCUCCUCAGCCUGACCACGAAGCAGCCUCACCGUUUAACUCUCAGUUCUUCUCCCCAACAACCUCUCCUCCAGCUUUCAACUGCGGCGUCUCCUAUGCCAACAGCAGGAUUGAGGCUGUGGGGGUUUUCAUGUCCAGUCUGCUCCUGGCCUCUCUGAGUAUCUCUUACUUAAUGGAAAUCAUCAGCUUUUCCCUGGAGCCACAACCAGUGCAGCGCCCCCUGCUGCUUGUGGUAGUGGGAGCCGUGAGUCUGCUCUACAAAAUACUGGUGCUCUGGCUGAAUUGGGGGCAGCUGCAGGAGGAUAGGGCUGAAGCCAGUGGGCAGCCAGAGAUCGAAUCUCACCUCGAUGUGAACCACAAAGUUCCCACAGUCUUGGCUGCAGAGGAAACCAAAGGCCUGGCUGAGCAGGGGCGAGUCCUGGAUGACGUUAGCCAAGUCCAAUCUGCUGUGGACGACUUGCACCACAACGGGGCACUUGUCCUCUGUAACCCAGGAACCUCUAGUGUCCCGGACACUGAGUCUAAAAGCUCACAACAACUGCCAGAAGUUCACCUGCAUGCAGAAGCUCCACAGGACAGCCUGAACUGUGAAGACAUGAGUGGUGUUGCAGAUCUGAAGGCUUGCAAGUGUGACAGUCCUUCAAAAGACAUCACAGAGAUUUCUAAAGCCAAUACAAGCACGGGACAUCUUGACAGUCAAAAUGCAUCUAAAACCUUGCCAGUCUGCAAAUCAUCAAAUCACAAUGAGAGCCCUGUACCACACAGCCAGCGGCCAGUCUGCUUCCUGUCGUUCAUCUUUGUCAUUCAGGGCCUUUUUGGUGCCCUCCUGGCUCUGACCAACAGCCUGGUGAUGCUGCUGGUCGGCCCACAGUGCAAACAGAGCUCUGGAGCCUGUAGCCUCCUGGUUUACCUGGAUCCUGGUUUCUCCCUGCUGGCUGUGAUUACACUGAUCACCAUAGCUGUGCCACAGGUGAACAGGUAUGGUAUGCUGCUGCUGCAAGCAACACCUCCACACAUUUAUGUGUCUGAUCUCAGACGCAGGAUUGCUAGUGUUCCUGGAGUGCAGGCUGUGCACGACCUCCACGUCUGGCAGUUAACUGAAUCAUUCACUGUGGCCUCUGUCCAUGUACACUGCCAUGCUGGGUUUCCAACACACAGGUGUGCUGAUCUGAUGUUGGGGGUCACUAAGGUGCUGCAGAGUGUAGGAGUGAGCUGCUGCACUGUACAGCCAGAGUUUGCUUCAGACUCUGGGUGCUCUGCAGUCAGUCAGGGGGACGCCUCCCCUGUUGUCAACAGAGAAGACCCCUCCCUGCCCCUUUACCUGGCCUGCAGCCUCAGCUGUGGGAAGACCUGUGCUGGGAACAUGUGCUGCUCUCCCCCAGAAGAGGAGACCAGGAGUCUGGUGGCACCACCAGCUGGAGAAACAAAGGAAGAGCCUCAGACACUCAUUAUAGAGAACACCUUCCUCUGACUGUCAGUUUUAACCAACAAAUUACACUUUAGGAAAAUAAAACAAAACACCGUAUGGAUAUUAUUAGGAAGUGUUUUGUUCAUUUUAUGACAUUAACAAGGUGCUAUACCAAAGAUUUUUAUCUAAUGUCAAGUGAAAGUCUGUAAAAAUAGAUCUAGUGCUGCUUCAUUUGUAUCUGGAAUUUUUGUAUUGUCUCUCAUGUAUGAUACUAAAAUAUAAUAAUUAAUCAUA